AUGCGCCACAGCGAAAACAGGCAGACAGAGUACCCCCAUAGCCCCAAGCGGUUUCUAAAAGGCCUCACCCUGCUGCCUUUACGCCUGUUCUCCAGAUCCCCUUCCCAGUCUCCCGCCAACGGCAACGUCAACGGUAACGGCAACGGCAAAUUGCCUCCCCACCACGCCAGAUCGCUAAGUCACGAGGCUUUCCAGUCCAAGAACGUCCAAACUUCCCUGGAAUGGACAAACUUGAUCCCCCCACUCCCCAGCUCUUCCACAAACAACAGCUCCGAUUCGUUUAUCCUGGGCGACUUGGCCGCCCCGCCGCAACGUCACUCAAUCGCCAUUUCUCCCAUAUCCUCCAAAAACAUCCCAGACAUGCUUCAGCCGCUGCCCAACCCAGAGCUGGACAGGGAACGGGAAUACGACUUCCCCAAAAUGCCGGCGCUGAAAUCUCGCACAAGUUCCCUGGGGCUGGUGAAGGAAAACAGAAACCCCUUCAGAAAGGAAAAAGCCCACCGCAGCUCAGACCUCGCCAGGACUCCACCGCAUGCCCUUUCCAACCUGCUCCCUCCAAACACACUUUCCAACGAUAUUCCCUCCAUUAGACAUCCCCAAACGCAUCCUCAGAUGCAGAAACCGGGCCUCCAUAGCCAGCAGCUGCCGUUCCUUACAUCCAAACAAAGACCUGUAUCGGAAGAAUUCGACUUCACCCCACAUCAAAACUCAUCCCUACCGCCUGAAACGAGGCGAUCAAGAAAUGUCCAAGACCACAGGCUUUCAAACGGUAUGCAUUACCAGAGCAAUCCCCCGGCUUUCCAGCCUCCCAUGACACCAUCAGCACCCCGUCGUCAGUUGACCCCAAACAGCCUACAUUCUUCAUCAUCUUCCACGCAAUAUCUUGGGCAGCCGCAGGACCUUUCAUUGAGUAGAAAGCAGCUGCUGCAACUGCAACUCCAACAUGCUCCCCAUGAGUCUCGUACGUCGAGGAAGCGUAAAAUCUGUAAGGUCUGUGACCAACAGAUAGCAGGCCAGUUCGUCAGAGCACUCAAUAAUGCUUAUCACGUCGAGUGCUUUACUUGUCACGAGUGUGGCCAACAAUGCUCCUCUAAAUUCUUUCCUCAAGACAUCACGCUGCCGGACGGCUCUGUCUUCCAAGUCCCGCUUUGCGAGUACGACUACUUCAAGAAGCUUGAUUUGAUCUGUCAUAACUGCAACAGUGCAUUAAGAGGACCAUAUAUUACUGCCUUGGGCAACAAAUACCAUGUGGAACACUUUAAAUGCUCAGAGUGUGGUAAGGUCUUUGACUCAGAGGAAAGCUACUACGAGCACGAAAGCAAUAUUUACUGCCACUUCCAUUACUCCAAAUUGUUUGCAACAAAGUGUGAAGGCUGUCAGUCUUCCAUUGUCAAGCAGUUUGUCGAACUAUUCAAGGGCGGUAAGAAUCAGCAAUGGCAUCCUGAAUGUUAUAUGGUCUACAAGUUCUGGAAUGUUUUCAUCACACCAGAUUCAGUUGGCCUCCAAAGUAGAUUCGAGAUGGAUAAAUCAAUUGCUGCAAAUCUUCUCGAGAAGGAUAUCGAUCCAGAGAAACUUCUUAUGGUGGAGCAGCAAAUUGAGAGCGUGGUGAUGAAAUGUUGGUUGGUAUUGUCUGGAUUUGAAGAGACCUUGGCGUCUUGUAUCUCUGCAAUGCUUCUUUCAGCGUGCACAGGUAACAGAGCGAACGGUAUCCAGGCCACCAGCAAGUUGAUUGUGUACGUUGAGAUUCUAUUCUCCGCUUUAGAUUUCGUCCAAGGUAUGUGUAUCGAGUACAACUCCGAUCCCACGAAGAGCCAAGAGAAGCGCAAUGCCUCAGGAGAUGAAAUAUACUCCGUCGAUGCAUUUGACAACUUCCAACCUCUCAGAAAGGAACCAAGAAAUAUCUCCGGAAAGCUUAUGAGUUACUUGGCUAUCCUAAGAAAGUCGACACAGAUUGCGAAUUCGGGAAGCCUUUCAGCGGAACUCUUAUCCGUCAUCACAGGCUGUGCUCACUACCUCAAACUACUUUUUAGAACUGGUCUCAACAACGCCCUCAAGUUGAACAAAUUGAGGGGAGAUACCAGAGCGUUGGACGGCUUCCUCAAGUCUGCCAAACGCUAUGAAGAGAUCGAGGAAGCCAUGAAGAACCCUGCCUCGGGGUUGCCUCUGCUAGAAACCAGAUUAGCUGUUCCUCAAAAUGCUACUGAUGGGUGCAGGGUGUGCAAGAAGAGUAUCGAGAAGUCAUGCUACAGAUUCAAGAACAUCAGAUGGCACAAGAAGUGCUUCGAGUGCAGCUCUUGUAAAAGAUCACCUUCCCCUGAUUUCAAGGCUGAGAGCUUCCUUUGUGGAGCCGAUGACUCCUUGCUAUGCGUUGAGUGCUCGAGGCUGAACGCAAAAGCCGGUAUGGGAUAUCAGUAUGGCUUCACUUCUGUUUCUGACUUGUCACAAUUGAUCUACCUUCUUAAGAUCGCCAUGUUCAGAACCAAGGCUGCCAUAAGGAAAGACACUGACCCGAAGAAGAUUGACCAAGGCAUGCGCCCUCAAAUGUCGAACAUUGCCGAGGAAGUCUCUCAAAUCAAUGACACCGAAACUGUUUAUUCUAAGACGCUACAAGAUGUGACGUCCUUGAGGACCAAGAGAGAAAGUCAGAAGUUGUCGAACUCGGUAAAGAAGAGUGCGAGAAAGUCCGUGAUUCUAGAAGCUCCUGAAGCAGAUUCUGCUAGAGAAGACAAUGCUGAUCGUGACAGUCUGACAAGAAAGGCUAGCUCUGCGUCCUCUCUUUCAUUUGUCAUGCAACAAGGAGACGGCGAUCAAGCAAACUUCCUGGCUCACAACAAAUCGCUCAAGAUCCGCGAUGAGCCACCACUCGCAGUUGCCGCUAGCAGCUUGGGUCGUACUUCUGACUUGUUGAAGAACGAAAAGUCAUUGACCUUGGAUGAUAUUCCUAGAAUUGUUGCAGCCGAGCAGGCCAGAGAUCAAAGACCAAAUGCCUUCAAGCAUCACAACUCACUUUACGAGAAGGCCCAGCCGCUCAAGUCUUCAAACGGCAGUAGUAUCCACCAGUUCAAAGGUCUGGGAGACGUCAAUGUUUCCAAAAAUCUUCCUGUUCCGGUCAAGAUCAAAUACUAUUCCGAGCUCUCGAAGUCCGAGCAUUUCAUCUUGCGUCACAUUGCGGUUGAAGCUUUCCUUGCCAUCAGAGGUGAUCAAUCUCGUGAGGAUCUUGUUUCUUUGAUCCAGACAAGAAAGCUGCCCACAUUCUGGGACAAAUUCAAAUUCAGUGGAAGUGAGAAAACAAAGCCAAUGAACGUUUUUGGUACCGAUCUUCAAGAAUUGACUAAACGCUACGGUGUUGAUUCUGACUUAGGUGUUGGUCCCGCUCAACUUCGUAUUCCAAUCGUUGUUGACGAUGUCGUCAACUCGUUGAGGAAGAAAGAUAUGUCUGUUGAGGGUAUUUUCCGUUUGAACGGUAACAUCAAGAACUUAAGAGAAUUGACAGAACAGAUUAACAAAAAUCCUCUCAAAUCACCCGAUUUCCACAACUAUUCGGCGGUGCAGUUGGCUGCGCUUUUGAAGAAAUGGCUUAGAGAGAUGCCUACACCAUUGCUUACCUUCAAUCUAUUCGAUUUAUGGAUCUCCUCGAGAAAGACUAACGAUGCUACGAUGUGCAAGAGGAUCUUGCAACUCACAUACUGUAUGCUUCCAAGAAGUCACAGAAACCUUCUCGAGGUGCUUCUUCACUUCUUCAGAUGGGUUGCCUCGUUUGCGUCUACGGACGAGGAGUCGGGAUCAAAGAUGGACACACAUAACUUGGCUACAGUGCUUGCUCCAAACAUUCUCAUCUCCAAGAAUCAAUCGGCAGACGGGCCACCCGUUCAGUCUGGUGAAUCUUACUUUUUGGCAAUUGAAGUCGUCAAUCAGAUGAUUGAGAUGCAUGAAGAGCUCGCCGUGAUUCCACCAGACUUAUGGGAGUUAUUCGAAAAGUGCCAAUUCACUAAUACACCCAAAUUGGAUACCGUGAGCUCCAAGGAUAUCUUUAGCAAGGUGCAGAAACACUCGAAGGAGGACCCUGAGGUAUUUAAGCGGUUCCUCAAGCUUGAGGCUUCCAUAAAGCCCAGCCAACAAAAUACAAUCAAAAGAGGCCAAAUCAACGUGGACUCUUUAUCAACAGCGAAAUAA